GAUGUGAGGUCAUACCCAACAUAUACAUAAGCUAUGCCAAGUUUACAUGAAUAUAUGAUGAGAAAGGGGAUAUAAGGCGGCCGCUUAUUGCUUCGCCAGAGAGCAACUUGGGCACCAGUCGUCAAUUUGCGGUGCAUAUUGUUGAGGGCUUUGGUGAUACUGCCAGCAGGUUUCCAAGCAUCGUGGUGCGUAGCAAGUCGGCGGAUGGACGGAGCUGAACCUGCACGUCAACGAAUAGCAAUCGAUGUGUUCAUCGGGCAGCCUGACCGCAUGGUUGCACCUUUUGUACAUGUUCCGGACUUUUCUCCAGCAGCACAUUCUGUCCAGCGCAAGAGGACGAGACGGGAAGAAGGGAGUCCAGAGGUCACCGUUGGGUGGGCAUCAUAUAAAUACGUCUGUAUGAGUGCAUGAGAUAUUAAUCACUACCAGGCCAUCAGCCAUGCUACAAUUAGCUUCCUCGCGCCCCAUCUUUGUCAUAUGCACGAAGAAAGAGCACCAAAGGAAGGAAGAGGGCUCAUAUGAGAGCCAAAAACUGAAUAGG